AUGGCCAUGGGUACCGGCGCGUCGCUGGGACUCUCCUCCCUCCUGUCCCUGCUGCUCUCUGCGGAGAUGCACAUGUAUAGCCUCCAGGUGGCCUGCACCCAGUGGUUCACCAUCAAGGGAGGGGGGCUGCCGGGUUCCAGCCUUUUAGUCUUCUCUCUCACCGCCAUCAGUAAUCUGGAGAAUGUUGUCUUUGGCAAAGGAUUCCAAAAAAACAUCUUCCCUGAGAUUCUUCUCUGUCUCCUGUUGGCUUUCUUUGCAUCUGGCCUCAUCCACCAGGUCUGCAUUAGCACCUGCUUCACCUUUUCCAUGGUUGGUCUCUACCACAUCAACAAGAUCCCCUCCACUCUGUACCAGACAACAAUUCCAUUCCUCACACCGGCCAAGAUCACAGGGAGGGGCAAAUAG